UCUGAGAGCCCUCGUCAAAGAUAAUGUCAACAUGGACAUCGACACAUUCAAGAAGCUGAGGAAGGACUCCAUAUUGGAACUAACACCCUCCGAGGUCAAGGGCUUGCUGGGGAAAAACUUGCGGGAUCUGAAGGCCCAGGAGGACAAACCCCCUGUCAAAGACUGGAGGCUCAGACAGAAGCAAUCGGAACUGAAACGGCUGGGCUUUGGAGUCCGUGGUGGGAGGCCGGAAGGAUACAUGAAUAUCAAACCCCGAAAUAACAAUUAGCAGGCUAGGAGCUCUCCCGCCCCGACGGGCACCGCCUGUCCCCAAUGGGUAGAAACGUAGAUCAGCGGUACCCUGAUCGUGGCUGACCCACGGGCGCUCCUUCUCUCUCCGCCAGGACCUCCAGAGACAUCCGGGGCUACCAGCGGCCUCACCCUGCAUCUCUUCCCCUCGCUUCUCCUCUCUUUCUGACCGCCUUCCUUUCCUGAAAUUUCGCCCAGCUUUAGAAAAACAGAGCGGAUGCAGGAGAAACCAAUCUCGAACAUUCGGCCGCCUUUUGACCGAAACUCUCAGAUCUGCCUGUGAUAGGAAAACAGAGAAAUGCACGGGGUGGGGACAACAAAUGGAAUUGGGGGGAAAGGGAAAAUAAUCCCUCCUACUUUCCAUGUAAGGAAAGGGGGAGCACUGGAAACAAUUUCUCAACCACUCUUAUUGAGUUUCCCUCAAAUGUAAGUUUGAAAAAUAGGCCUGUUCUAGUGGGGAAUGGGAGACCUCUGGCCUCCCGGAAAGUCAAAUGCCAGGACGGGAAGGAAUGACGCAACUCUAGACUUAAGUGGCUUAGGUCGAACCUGCAUUUGCAUUUUUAAGUUAGCUUCGUGCUUCUGUGACGCCGUCUUUCUCGAUGCUUGUUUGAAUGUUGUUUGGAGCAGAUUCAUUUAAAGCCAUGCGGAGGCGCAGUGACAAUGGAGCUGCCACAAGAGGGCGAUAAACAUAUGCGGACAUGCAAAAGUAUAC